CUUGAUUUGCAGGAAUCGCUGCAAAGCAGAAACUGAAAGUAACAAGGCCUGCAUUAAAAAGGACUCGCGGCUGCCUGAACUUCACAAGCAUCGCAGAUACUCGCAAGAGCGAAUAGCCGAUUUCGACUCCCGUCCAGUGUGAACUUCAAAACGUUGCCGACGCUGAAAUGGCUGUCCAGCCCAAAAGCGCACUUGCUACCCAAGCCAUAAUGAACAUCAGCAAAGCAGAGGAAGUCCGAAAAGAGACAGAACUGAUGAUGAAGCCCCACGCGAACUGGGAGGAGUAUCUGAUGCCUGGGCCCAUCUCCAUCGCCAUUUUAGGGGAGCUGGCUUGCAUUGCUGCAGGACAAGGAGACUUUGCCAUCAAUCUUGCCCCACCCCAGGGAGGCUACAAAUAUAUGAGGUAUCCGGACUCUUUCCAAGCUUCCCUAAUGCAGGUCAGCAACAGUGGUUGGCAUGCCUUCAGCAUCGCCCACAAGAAUAUGGAUGGCAUCCGGCUCCUUUCUAUGAGCGUCGCUGAGCAAAUCAAGAUGGUCAUCAAGACCUUAUUCCAGGAUGACCUUACCUUGAUAGAUGCCUUGCUCCCUGGACAACUAUCCAGCCUGAAAUCGAUUGCAAACGAAUGUUCCUCUUUAGCUAAGGCAGUUGACAAUAAGUUCAAUGACGUCAUCUGUCUGAUUGGGGAACUCCUGGAAGUGUGUACAAGUUCCAAAUCGCAGUACGAACAAGGGUUGACAGAAACCAAGCGUGCCUUGGAAGACCUGAAGCUAAGGAAGGCAGCAGCUGAAGACGCCCAGGCGAAAGCAGAGGACUAUUACAAAGAAAUAAAGAACAGAGUGACCGAAACAUUUGAUGAUUACAGAAAAGCGAUCGAUAGCGUUCCUACUGGCUGGAAUGCUGUCAUUCUGGAAUUCACUUCGAGUAUACAAGAAACCUUGAUGUUGCCAAUUGCCAAUCUGAUAUCCUUUCUCAGCUUUAAGGAAAAUAUGUUGCCUAUUCCAAUCCACAGCAGAAGUGAGGAAGGUUGUGAAAGUGAGAAUGACUUUAUAGCCAUGAACAACAUCUCUGCCCUGUCAGCUCAAAUGCUGAAAUUGGUGGACGUUCUUCAAACCAUGGUGGAUGAUGAAGGUAAUAUUGACAUGGAUCUCCUCUACAAUAAAAAACACAAUGAAAUCAGAACCGUAUGGACCAAAAAGAGAUCUCAGCAACUGUUAGCAAAAAUAAAAAAAGAAGGAAAGUGCAGCAUGAAAAAUUUGGCAGUGAAAAUAUGUAAUUAUAUAAUAGAUAUUUCCAAUAUAUUAAUUGAAGCAGUAGCGUCUGGGGAAGUAAACAAGAAAAACCUGAUGAAGAAAAUGGGCGUUCUCUCAGAUGAUAUUGUUGUUUUCGAUAGCAGAAGCAAGUCCUGUAACCGCACGUCCCCUUUUAGUUCCUUGGCGCCAAAUAUGGCCAAAUCCCAGAAAAACAUUCAAGAGGAGUCGACGUCGGCGGUGAAAAACAGCAUUUUGAAAAUAGAGCAAACGAAAGAAAUACUGAAGAUAAGUCAAGAAGAAUACCAAAAAAGUUUUGACAACUUAAAGGAGCAAAAUAAGGAUUUGCUGGAUGUGCUCAGUGAAAUGAGGAAGUGUGAAAUGAAGGAGAUUGAUUUUGAAAAAGCCAAACAGAUGCUGAUCAAAGGCCUGGAUGCCAUGGGAAGAGUGAAGGAGCAGUGGGAGAAAAUGGUGCGUUUCUUCCAGAUGAUCUCCAACCUGAUUGACUCCUGUCUCAAUAAACGCCUAACAGAAUUUGUGAAAUCAGCUGAAGAUCUUCCCAAAAUUCCGAAUUACUCCCACAAAGACUUUGUCAUAGAUAUGAUCUACAAACAGGCCUUCAAUGCAUCCAACAUAGCUCACUUGGUGCACAUGAUAUCUGAGACCUACACCGAGGUGUCUUCAAAAUACUUGAUGGAUAAAGUGGGCAGCCUGAGUAGGCUUAUUUCCAUGGACCCUUCCGAUCCCCAAUUCCGAAUGGAGCGUAUGAAACUAGCAGAUGGCUGUGACAGUGCCCGACAAGCCAUAGAGGACUUGGUCAUUAAGCAAAAGAAAGAAUUCGAAUAUAAUAUCCAUGCCAGAGUGACAAAAAUCAAUUCUGAGCUGAAGGCUGUCUUGCCGGAAGUGCCCGAAGCAGAGAGAAAAGCUAUUGAACAUAAUGUGCACAAAGGGAUGAGGGAAAUCACCCAGGAUGAAGCCGAUCAAUUUAUGUAGACUUGUCUUUCAACCCUUGAGGGAAAUGGAGGCUGCCUGGGCUCUUCUCUAUUAUUGUAUUUCCCUCAGAGUAAUAGAAUGUAAAUUGGGCCAUUCGGUCAUCUUGUGUUUGGUAAAACUAGAAAAGAAACAGCUAGAGAUAUUGUUGUUCAGGAACCUUUCAAAAAAUAAUCUUGGCCAACCAUUUCUGAGGUGGGGGCUCAUGUUAGCUUCUACCAGGUCAUGCUGUCUCCUGAGCUGGGAAUACAAGGCCAUGAAAUCUUGAGGCCGAAUUUUAAUAAACCCCUGAAAAUUGCUCACUAGGAUUGAGCCUCCGCACAGGCUCAGCGCUGUGCACCAAGGACCUUGGAGUAUCUCCGCUGCUUGAAAAUGAGGCUCCCGGCAGCUCAAGGGACAGCAUCUUACUCAGCAGGGUGGAAUGUAGACCAGCCUCCUUGUGGUGCACCCCAAGCAGCGUGACUUUAUCAUAGUCCACAGAUUCUGGCUGCUGGAUCUCACAAGGGUCUCCCAGUAAGAAGAUACAGCAUGAGUACUGAAAAUAAAAACAGUGGUUAAUACUGUAUUCUGUUACACUACAGGAAAUAAAUAAAAACCUUGCUUAAUACGUU